AUUUGAAAAUAUCUGUUGUCAAUACUAUUUUUCCCUUAGAAGUUAGGGUACCUAAGUAAAUUUAGAAAUUCUUUAAUACAGUCAUUAAAUAAGGUCAGCUCUUGCAUGUAUUUAAUCAGUUAAAGUGGCUUGUUUAUUUCAACAACCUAUCAAAAUAAUCUAAUACAUAUUUAUAGAGAAGUUAAAUUCUUGUAAACUGAGAUCAAAAUUGAACAAUCCCAAUCUUUUGCUAUAUUUAGCAACAUGAUACUAUUGGGAGCAAAUGUUAAGAUGGUCAUUCCAUCAAAGAUAGUACAGACUGUAAUUUUACAAUAACAAAGCGCUUUCCCUAAUACUGAUAAAAUUUUCUGUUUAGUUUUUCCCUGGGGAGAAAAAUCACCAGACUGCUUUUAAAUAAUUAUCUCUAUUCAGCCCUGCGGGACAGAUGCCUCAUCCCAGAGGGUCUUCAAACUUGGCCCUUUUAUGACUUGUGGACUUCAACUCCCAGAAUUCCUCAGCCAUGUUUAGUUAUCACUUGCUGGAGACUAGAAAGAUAUUCCUGUUCUAUAUAUAGUAGAAAUGUAAAUACAUUAUAUUGGUCCAGCAAACUGCAACUUUAAAUUCAGCUGUCCCAGAGUAACUGCACCAGCAUAAAACAAGGUGGGUAUUUAGCUCACCACUUCACUUUUCAAUGUAUGAAACUGUUCACAAAUUAUAUCCUGCAAGAAUUUAUACAGUCCUGAGGAGGAAGUCGAAUAUUGCUCUCUGCAAGGAGCCAGGUAUUCUAGGGUUCUAUUAUCACAAGCAGCUCCAAUUCAUUAUUAUUCUGCAUAGAAAGUUUGUUAAGUAACUGCAUGAUGCCAGAGAUUGUACCUGACCAUCCUUUUGCUCAUUUCCAGAUUUCCCUCAUAAAACAAAACUAUCACCUACUGACAAAGCUUUUUGGCUAUGAGAAAAAAAUCCAUAAUUCUGUUACAAUAUACCCUUUUAGUAAACCAGUUCAGAGCUGUUUUUGUUUUAACAACUUAGCCUCAAGUAAACUGAGCAUUGUGAAAAGAUAUCGUAUUAUUGGAUAAUUUCCACCUAUCUGACUUUUACAAGCAUUUUUAUUUUUCUUCACGGGACAGUUAUCAUUUUUUCUUCUACAUUAUUUCCUCGUUCCCCCACCCAGAUUUUGAGGGAAAUUCCUUUUUCUUUGGUAAGGAGGCUGCUGGAGCUCGGCCCACCGAGACAAAAUGAUUAAGCUACGCGACGAACCAUACAGCCUUCCCCCUUGUCCUUCAGUUGUGCUGAGUCAUAAAAGCAACAGCACUCGCUAUCCCCGCCAGCUGGAUACAUUUUGGUAUGCUCCGCCUAUACCUCUUCCUCUCUCGCGCUCCCUCCACUCCCAAGUGCGUUCAUGCAUUCAUCCGAUCAUGCUGCCACCCUCAUCCAGAAUCCGAUGGUACGUCCCAGGCUCCCCCUGCGGCUGAGUGCGGUGGUAGGCUCCGGCGGUAGCAGAGUCCCGUCCGGUCCCGCCCCGCCUCCCUCCGCCUUGUCAUUGAUGUUGUUGUUUUUGUCGCAGGAGCCGGAGGGAAGGCCGGGGCCGGGGCCGGGCUUUGGGCUGCGGCCGCCGGCGGCUGGGCCGGCGAUGUCGUCGGUGUGCGGGGGGUCGGUGGGCGCCGGCUCCUUGCCCAGCGAGUUGGUGGUUCACAUCUUCUCGUUCCUGGCGGCCCCUGACCGACUUCGGGCCUCAGCCGCCUGCUCGCACUGGCGCGAGUGCCUCUUCUACCCGGCGCUGUGGCCCCGGCUGCGCCUCAGCUUGCGCGUCUGCCCGGCGGAGCGCCCGCGCCUCGACUUCUUGAUGCGCAAGUGCGGCUGGUUCGUGCGCGAACUCCGCGUCCAAUUCGCCGCUGAUAACUAUCCCAGCGGCGGUGGCGGUGGCGGAAGCGCGAGUGGGGUCUGCGAAGAAGCGGCGGCGGUAACGGCGGCGGUAGCAGAGGGGGAAGCGCCGCUCUGCCCUCGCUGGCUGGAGCUGUUGAGGACAUACCUGGAGCUCGUGCUCUGCGUAUUAAGCAGCGUCCGCAACAACAGGAAUCUUCAGAAAUUAAGUCUCUUUGGUGAUAUAAGCAUUCUGCAACAACAUGGAAUUAUAUCAAAUACAUACCUCAGCAAAGUAGAUCCAGAUGGCAAAAAGAUUAAGCAAAUACAGCAGUUAUUUGAAGAAAUUCUGGGAAACAGCAGGCAACUGAAAUGGUUGUCAUGUGGGUUUAUGCUACAAAUUGUAACGCCCACAUCAUUGUCAUCUCUCUCAAAUUCCAUUGCCAGCACCAUGGAGCACCUGAGCUUACUGGAUAAUCACAUUCCGGGUAAUACCACUCUUAUCACAGCAAUUGAAAUGGAGCGCUUUAUCAAUCUACGCUCGCUUGCCUUGGAUUUCUGUGAUUUUACAGGAGAAAUGGCGAGAGUUUUGGCUGACAAUAACCAUGUGCCUUUGCAUCGACUAUCUCUUCUGGUCCACAAUAUUUCUGUAAUGCACAAAUCCUUGGAGAAUAUGCCAGAAGAUGAAGAUUGGAAAGCCCUGACACGCAACAGCACUAAUCUUCGGGUCUAUAUAAUAGCUUUUGAUAUCAAGAGUGAUGACAUGUUAAGAAUUCUUAAACCUAGUAUCCCACUGGAAAGGAUUCACUUUGACAGUUACAUUACUUGCGUUUCAGGAGCUGUUGUUGAUCUCAUAUCUAGGCAGUAUGAUAAGUUCCUCACUCACUUCAUAUUAAUGAAUGAUGUGAUAGAUAUGUCUGGCUUCCCAGAUCUCAGUGACAACCGGACCGAAGAUCCAUUGGUUUUAUUGGCGUGGAGGUGCACAAGGCUAUCCCUUCUGGCAGUGCAUGGUUAUACUGUUUGGGCUCACAACCUGAUUGCCAUUGCUCGUCUUCGUGGCUCUGAUUUGAAAGUGCUUGAAGUCACAGAAGAAAGCAUUGAUUUUGACAAUGGUGAACUGGCUGAUCAGGAUGUAGAUCCAGUGCAUAAUCUCAUUGAGCAGGUAUCCCUUGGAUUGGGUCGACCCUGGCAUGCAGUCAUGGACAUAGAAUUGCUCAGUGUGUUUACUGAGCCAACUCGUCAUUUUUACAGAGAAAUGCAAAGCUUCAGUGAAGGCAUUUAGUUCUCUUUAUUUACAGUUCCUGUGGUUACAUAUGCAAGUAGGGUCCUAUUAUGUUUUUUAGUAGUGUGAAUUAACCCCUCUUGUGCUGUGUUUAAUCAGUAUUAGCUAUAUAGAAUUAUAUAUGUAAAUGCUACUUCUUGAUCAAAGAACGUAGUCGGGUAUUGUUUAGAAGCUGAAAGUGGCAAUGUUUAGGGCUUUCACGGUUAAUGGACUUGUCUACAAAACAAAACAAAACUCAGAUGAGGCUGAAGGUUAUCGUGAGAUUGCCAGCUAACUUUCUUUUUGUACUGAGUAAGUCUGCAACUUCACUGAUUUUACUAUUGUCGGAGUUUUUUGUGCUCAGAAGCCAAAAAUCUUUUUACUAUUCAUAGCCCGGUGAAUGCGGUCAUUGUCAUGUAAAUUGGUAGCAUGCUACUUAAGCUUUUUUUUUUUAAAUCAAGACGAUCAAUACCAUUUGCUGUAAACCUUGCUUUGAUUUCACAUACAAUACCUGAAGCAUGAAUUUCUGCCAUUCUGCAAUCUCCUCCUUAAAUAUGAACAGUAGUUUCUUGCACUGUGUAGCUUAUUCAGAGAUUUACCUGACUCUGAAGGCUAUAAGCUGUAGUUUCAUUGUAAAUUAAUUAUAGCUUCUUUUUCUCGUGGUCUGUCAGCUUCUCUGUCCAAGUUAGCUUCGGGCCCAGGUUUGAAAAGAAAAGUUAAGAUUACACACUCCAAUGGGGUAAAACCCUAACAAUUUAGAUAUAAAUUUAUAAAUCUACUUUGCUUGCACAAACAAACAUUAGUCGUGAAAUCCCUAGCAACUAAGUCACUGGAUUCUCUCUGUCAGCGCCUGUGUCAGCUGCCAAAGAAUAGAUUAAAAUGAAGAAGUGCCCACAUGCUGGCAGGGGCAGGCCAAUUUUUGGCCAGCCAGGUACUGCUAGAUUGUAAUAUAUAAGGUCGAAUUUCGACCUGUGGUACACAGCUGUGCUGUGGCUCAGUCAGCAACCUCAGAACUCUUAAACAUGCACCUGUUUCACUGUGAAUAGUGAAUGUAAAGGAAGGAAAAGAAACCGAUAAAAACCUUGUUCUAUCACAGGUAUGAGCUGCUAUGAUGCAUGAAGAACAUUCCAUGAAGUAUGUUUUAAAAUCUUGUUAUAUCUGAGAGGCUUUAAAAGCCGAUUUAAACUGUUUCAGGGCAACCGCGGUACAGACGUGGUCUCUGUGAGACUUCCACCUGACCCAAGUUUUAAGUGGUACGAAUGUUGUGCAUUUAACGUUAAGGACAGUCUGCAAUAAUAAAGUAAGUGGCCAACGUGGGUGCCCAGCAGUGCUGAGACCUGGCUGCCAUAUUGUAAGCUUUGGAAAACACAAUUUAUGCAACAGAUGUCCAGAUAUGAUUCUAUUUAUGGAAAAGUUUAUAUGUGUUUUACAAAUGGUUUUACCAUCUUAUAUUAAAAUGACCUUUGACAGGUGCGCGCUGUUUUGUCUCCAGUGAGCACAUACCAUGCGGAUUUUAUAUGUACAUCAGUAGAGUGAAUCCACUGGCACAGUGUGUGUAUAUGCCAGAUGUGGUGAGAUUUUAUCUUAUAAAUGUGAUCAGAGUAAGGUAACUCCUGACAGAAAAUGUAAGGAAACCAGCUGAGUGUUUGACUUGAUGACUGAUGUUGUAUGGUUUAUGUUAAAUGUAUAUUCUUUUAAUCAACGAAUAAAGCAUCAAAAUUCA